CGCAUUGAGAACACACAAAUAAUAUGCAGAAUAAUAGUGAUAAUGCUUGCGUUUCUAAUGGCAAUCAGCAAGAAGAGAACGUUUGCGAUCCCGUUACAAUGAUCCAGGUGUAUUUAGAAGAGUUGUUGCGUGAAACGCGUGCUGAGAAUACUUCUUUGGAGAACGAACUUAAAGAGCUGGAAGAAAACGAGAAGCGGCUAAGAGAUGAGAAGGCUGAAACUAUCUGCAGGAUGAGUCUCCCGAUCGUUGGUGGGAGUUCGAUUCAGCUGCUGCCCAACUUGGAUGAACUGACUUCGAAGGAGAAUCUGCUGAGCAGUAAACUGAGCGAUCUGGUGCAAGUAAAGCAACAGUUGGGCGUGGCCUAUGCUGAUCAUUGCCAAGAGGUCAUACAGGUCGCCGAGCAGCAGGACGGCAAUGUUGCCUAUGAUGAGUUCACAUCGAUGAGCUAUGAAGAUCUAAAGGAGCUCAUUAAUGCAGAUUCCAUUAAGCUGAAUGAAAUGAAAAUAAAGUCGGAGGAACUGACCGAAGUACUGCGCUCCAAGCGCAAGGAGCAGGAUGCGAAUCACAAGGCCGUGCUGGAGCAAAUCAGUGUACUCGAACUGGUAGCGCUGGAAGCAUUCGAACUUGUCAACGAAAUUAAACUCGACUUAAACUAUCACAAUGAUGGCCACCUAUUGGAUUAAUACUUUUAAAUAACAUAAGCAUAUAUACAUGCCAUCAUCUGUUUUAAAACUUUCAUACAACUAACCAUUUUCUUAAGCUAAUAAAACA